UCUCUCUGAUUUUAGGUUAGGUCGGAUUGAACUUCCGCCAAUAUUGCAGCAUUGUGACGUGACGGUUUUGUGUGUUUUCGGCAUUUUAUUUAUAUUCCUAGAAUGGCUUCAGAAGAAGUUAUAUCCGAUUCCAAAGAGCUGGAUAAUGAUAAUCUAGAAUUCGUAAUUCCAACUUUCCACUUGAAUACAACAGGAUGGGGUCCAUGUGAGAUGCCUGAUCAAUUUAAGGACAUGCCUUAUCAACCAUUUUGCAAAGGCGAUCGACUUGGAAAAAUUUCAGAUUGGACCGGUGCUGCUUUCCAGGACAAAAAAUAUAUUAAUAAGUACCAGUCUCAGUUUGGCAGUGGCAGUCAGUAUGCCUACUACCACGAGGAAGACGAGAGCACGUUCCACCUGGUGGACACGACCCGAGUGCAGAAGCCACCCUACCAGAGAGGUCGCUUCAGGCAGAACCAGCGCAACAUGCGCGGUAGAGGCGGCUCCCGAGGCGGACAGUCCCAAUUCCAGGUUCUUGGCAAGGGUCUGAAGAUGCGCGACCGUGACCGCAAGGGAGGCCAGACAGGCAUGCGCAAAUGGAACAAGCAGACGGGCAUGCGCAAUCAGAAGAACCAGGCGCCCAUUAAGAACCGCGACGCCUCGGUCACCGUCUGCCCUGACUGGGUUGUCAUCGAGGAGAUGGACUUCCCGCGUCUCGCCAAGCUAUCCCUGCCCAAUGUCAAGGAAGGCGAGGACAUAACGAAAUGUGGAUCACUGGAGUACUACGACAAGUCGUACGACAGAAUCAACGUGAAGAGCGAGAAGCCACUGCAACGUAUUGACAGAAUCUUCCAUACUGUCACUACUACUGAUGACCCGGUUAUCCGUAAGCUAUCGAAAAGUGUUGGAAACGUGUACGCUACUGACGCCAUUCUGGCAACGCUCAUGUGCUGCACCAGAUCCAGCUACUCGUGGGAUAUCGUCAUUGAAAAGAUUGGCGAUAAGCUCUUCUUCGACAAGCGAGACAACACUGAAUUUGAUCUGCUUACUGUGAACGAAACUUCGGUUGAGCCGCCUCAGGAUGAUUCCAACAGCUUGAACUCUCCUCGCAACCUUGCUCUCGAGGCCACCUUCAUCAAUCACAACUUCUCCCAGCAAGUGCUGAAAACU